AGGAGAGGUUCUGUUAGUAUAGACAGCAGCAGCUCCUGAAUUUCUGUAGAGCCAAAAAGCAAACCUAGGAGAAAGUGCAUUUCCAGCUUUGCACCUCAGCUGGACUGGACAGAUACUGGGGGAUGCCUUGACCCAAUUCUGUGAAUUCCAAGCCAAUGCCAAGCUUUUGCACUGAAUUUUACAUCACUGCAUUUGUCCUCUCCACAAUCUUCAAAUUAAGUGUCAAGAAACUUGACAAGUCUUCCACUGCUAAAACCCUGUAGCUGGACACCUUCCUGUGAAAUAACACAGAGAUUGUCCUCAUCAGCUAAAUGCCUCUGGAACUAUUUAAAUCUGCAACAACAUGAGCACCCAGAGAGGUGAACAAGUGGCAUAACUUUGGACGUGAUAACUCAAGCAGAAUGGGAAACAACUGAAGAAAGUCAAGAAAUUACUAGACCUAAGUAGCAGGACUCACAAAGGAAGACUAAACUAGCAAAGAUUUCUGAAUUAAAAAAAAAAAAAAAAGAAAAAAGGAAGACAGGGAAUUUCUCUGAUGUUAAAGGCCAUUUUAAGAAGGAAGAUGUCUGUUCUGCCUAUCUACAGAGAGGAGAAUCAAAGGGCUUAAGUGCAGCAAGGCUUAUGGACACCCAGUAACACACUCUAACAAAACCCAAAAGGAAUAGACCAGAAAAGAGGCUGCAGAUUCCCCUUCAUAUAAGGCACUUAAGAAUAAGUUGAGCAGACAUCCAGUAAAAGUACUGAUGACCCCACUCCAGGGAAAAGGAAAUAAUUAGCUAUAUGAUCUCUAGGGACUCUUCUAAUACUCUCCUGACACUUGGAAGUGAGUGCAAGCACAUUCAAAUGGGCUGCUCAUGCAAUGUGUAUAUCUACAUAAUUCAUCUACCAAAGUUUGCCUGGUCUUCUCAGGAAACCUCCUACUUACCUAUUAUGGAAUCCUACACUCAUACAUCUGCAGUUCCAAAAACAUCCCUUCUGUCCAUCCAUCUCCUACAGACCCACAAAGCUCCUGGUUCAGAGUUAUAAAUGACGAAAUGGCAACUGAUUGUGAAGAAGUGAUGGACAGAGUGAAAAAUCUAGUUAGUGGGCCUGGAGCCAAGCACCAAAAAAUGACAACAGACAGCAGGCAGAUUAGAAACCACAAAUAGAAACCACAGCCAGAGCCAGCAACUCAGCAGUUGCAAAAUUAACAGUGUUGGGUCAUGAAGCAUCAACCACAGGCUGAUUAUCAACUCCAGGAUGUCCCACAGACCAUCAAUGGAACAUGAUAAAACCAUUGGAACAUUCAGAAUGGAACAUCCAGAACCUGCUGAACACAACAGUCAGUUAUAAAGGUGUUCCCAAGAAGGGACUGUUUUUCAGAACCUCACAUUCAAUUUUCUCAUUUAGAACACUUCAGUUUUUCACCAUUCACAUCAUGCAAUGCUUUGUUUCUUAACACUAGCAACCAAAAUUUCAUUCCAGAGGAACUUAAUCUUUUUCCUGUGCUAAGAAAUAGCACAGGAUGUGGAGAAGCACAAAAUAGCACAAAAUGUGGAGAAGUGUGAUUAACUACUCACACAAAGAGCGAGUAGCUUCUUAAUAUUUUACUUACAUAUUUGGAUAUGUUUAAAAACCCCUUAUAUUUGCCAUUUUCCAAAAGGCCACUGUAAUAACAAAUGCUGUACACAUCGCCAUAGGGGUCUUUUUCACGCUUCUCUGAGUGUAGUUCAUCUUGAAGUGAAGAAUACACAAAUUCAAGCAAGAAAACCUCUCCAGUAUCACCUAUAAAGUAAAUAUACACCAAGUGCAGUGGAGGAUUCAUGACACAUUUCAGAGAUAAAAAAAUAUUACUCAUUUCUACUGCUAAAGUACCCUAUUCCUUUGACUACUGAAGACACAAUAACUAGUGCACUGACUCAAUGACACAUGCCAGUUUCAUAAUUAGGGUGGAGCAUGCAAGCAACUAUAAAGGUUGCCCCAAUCUGAGACUCUCACUGCUGGAUACAUCUGAAAGCUCCGGGUUCCGAGAGAGUUGUUCUUCAAGACAACAUCUGAGAAACAUGGAACAUUUAUUCAAUGAAAACCUUCUGAAGUAUUUUACCCAGUAUGCUUUACAGGAGGGCAGCACCAAUGCACUGUCCAUUGGUGGGCUGAAGAAUCUGCUUCAGAACCAAUUUGCACAGUACCUGAAGGAUCAAUUCUCACUUGAUAACAUAAUUAAAUCGUUGGACAAAAAUCAGGAUGGAUCUGUCAGCUUUGAUGAGUUUAUUAUGAUUGUAAAAAAGAUAACUGGUACAGGACAGUGAGGCAUCUGCAAGAACGAGUAUUACUGCUUUGAAGAAGAGCCUGGCAUUUGUUUACAUGACAUGUACAUCUAAACCCACAGAUUUGUUACUAUUUUAAAGCAUAUGGAAUAAAGAUUUAACAGAAAAGAAAGCAUGUUUGUAUUGUGUUUCAUGCACCAUCACCAGCCACGCACUCCAGCUAAAAUGCCUUCCAACUAGUUCAGAACUACUGUUUCUAUUUCAUGCUACAUUUGAGGUGUUAUUUAACAAACCCUGUUUUACCUGGGCUAUUAUUUGGACCUCUAGAGAAAUUCAAAUCACACAGCUUCUAAAACACACAAAAAGAAAGGUGCAGCAUUCCAUUUGAGGAGUGUUUCCUAGAAUAUACUAUCCAAUAUUCCUCACAAUUCAGUUUCAUAAUUCACAAAAGAUGGCACUUCAUAAAACAAACAGUUUUCAAAAAUUAAGUCCUUCUUUUCAAUAGCAAUGUAACAAUGCCAAGUGUGAUAACUGCAACAUUAGAUGUUCAUUUUAAAUUAUAUUUACGUAAGCAUGUACUUUUU